CGCAGUGGGUCGGGUCGCUUUCCUGGCUGCACGCGGCUGGUGGGUAGACCCUUGGGGGCGCUGCUUCAUCUGUAUUUCUCCCAAUCCCUUCCCGCCCUGGUGCUGGGGGCUAACUGCCAGCCCCCACUUUAGCCCUGCGAGGUUCUGGCCACGUGUUCGGAGAGGUGUUGUGUCCAGUGGGACCCUCCAAAGCCCUCUUGGGAUGAUUGUCGGCAUCUAUUGGUGAACUAUCCUGUUCACCAAGGAAGAAAAGGAACGUAUCCAGGUGGAAGCUAAGAAAUUAGUUCCUGACACAAAUGGGGAGCCAACCACCAACCAGGCUCAUAUAGAUACCAGCUUUCCCUUGCAGAGACCUACCUGGGACUACAGCCCAGGAGCAGAGCACCCAUGGUACACAGUUCUAGAUUUAAACGAUGCCUCUCUCAGUCUGCCUCUCACCCCAAAAAGCCAGGAAUAUUUUGCAUUUGAAUAGCACGACCCAGACAUUGGAAUAAAUGGACAGUUGACUUGGACCAGAGUCCCUCAAGGAUUCAAAAACUCUUCAAGAUCUUUACAUGAGGACUUGGGUGAGUACCGAGAACAACACCCCUAAGUUACUCAGUUGCAGUAUGUGGAUGAUCUGCUGAUAGCAGCUGCUGACAAGGAGACUUGCCUACAAGGAACAAAGGACUUAAUCAACACUCUCGGGGAACUUGGCUUUCGAGCCUCAGCUAAGAAAGCUCAAAAAUGCAUGUCAGAAGCACAAUACCUAGGCUAUAUCCUAAAAGAAGGUAAAAGAUGGUUGUCAGAUGCCCACAAGAAAAUAGUCCUGAAGAUCCGACCCCCACAAGUUGGAAGCAGGUAUGGGAAUUCCUGGGGUCGCCUGGAUACUGUAUGCUCUGGAUACCAAAUUUCGCAGAGCUUGCUAUGCCGCUUUAUGAUGCCACCAAAGAAUAGCCAUGUGACUUCUCAUGGACAGCUGAGCCUCAGCAGGCCUUUAAGGCCAUAAAAGAAGCAUUGCUGUCGGCUCCAGCCCUUGGGUUGCCUGACGUUACCAAACCGUUCCAGCUGUUUGUACAUGAAGAAAAAAAAAAGGAAUAGGAAAGGGGGUUCUCACUCAGACGCUCAGACCAUGGAGGAGACCAGUAGCCUACUUAGGCAAAAAGCUAGACUCAGUGGCAGCCAGAUGGCCCCCAUGCCCUCCGCAUCAUUGCUGCAGCAGCAUUACUGGUCAAGGAAGCUAACAGAUUGACUCUAGGGAAGGACUUGGUUGUAAUUACCCCUCAUGCCAUUGAGGGAGUGCUGAAACAGCCCCCAGACUGGUGGCUGAGCAGCACUCAUCUGACCCAUUACCAGGCACUGCUACUGAAUCCUUCUAGAGUCACCUUUUAGGUGCUGACUUCCUUGAAUCCUGCCACUCUACUGCCAGACCCAGCCCUGGAUACCCCUCUGCAUGACUGCACUGGGAUCUUAGCCCAUGUGCACAUAAUCUGGCCAGUCUCCAGGAUGUCCUCCUGACCAACACAGACGAGACUUGGUUCACGGAUGGGAGCAGUUUCAUCAGGGACAGAAAAAGGUAUGCGGGGGCGGCAGUGGUGUCAUUGACUGAGACUAUGUGGGCAGAGCCCCUCCCUCCUGGCACUUUGCCUCAGAGAACCAAGCUGAUAGCAUUGGCAGAGGCAUUAACUCUGGGAAGAGAUUUAAACCUUAACGUGUGUACUGAAAGCUGGUAUGCAUGGCACCAUCCACCGCGAACGAGGCCUAUUGACAGCUGAAGGGAAAACUAUUAAAAACAAAGAAGAGAUAUUGGCAUUAUUAAAAGCCCUCUGGCUCCCCCAAAGAUUGGCAAUCAUUCACUGUCCAGGACAUCAGAGGGGAGAAACUCCAGUCUCCAGAGUUAACAACCAAGCCAACCAAAUGGCAAAAGCAGUUGCAUUAGAGACGGAGCCCAUUCUUGCUCUGGUCAAUCCUAGGAGACCCGGUCCUCCCUAAGGAACCAGUCUUUCUCCAGAGGACAUUAAAUGGACCAGAGGAUUGCCCAUGUCUCAGUACUUAGAUGGAUGGUAGAGAUCAACCGAAGGAAACCUGAUAUUCCCUGAAAAGCUGGGAGAGAAGAUAUUAAGAAAAAUCCAUCACUCCUCCUAUAUGGGUAUCUGGAGGAUGCAAGAUUUGAUUCGACAAUCAGGAGUUAUUAUUAAAAAUGCUAAUUCUAAGAUUGAGAACAUUAUUUCCAACUGCAAGGCACGCAAAUUGACAAAAGCUGUGCCUAAUGGUAAAAAUGCAGGUCCCUGAGUGAGAGGUUAGAGACCAGAAGCCUACUGGGAAGUAGACUGCACAGAAGUGAAGCCUGGGAAAUAUGGUUACAAGUAUUUGCUAGUUUCUGUAGAUAACUCAGGAUGGACUGAAACCUUCCUGACAGAGCACCAAAUGACACGAAUUGUAGCCAAGAAGUUACUAGAAGACAUCCUUCCAAGGUAUGGUUUUCCUCAGAAGAUAGGGUCAGAUAAUGGACCAGAGUUUUGUGUCCAAGGUCCUCCACCGGAGCCUCAUCGCUAUAGACCAGGAGAUUGGGUCUACGUCAAGAGACACCGCCAGGGGUCACUGGAACCACACUGAAGGGGCCUUACGUACAUGGUGCUGCUGACAACAACCGACUGACUUGAAGAUUGGCAGCAUUGCCACCUGGAUCCACUACACCCACGCCAGACCAGCUGGCCCUUUUGAGACCAAGAAGAACUCUACCAACUGUUGGGCGACAUGGAAGGCAUCAAAGGAUCCCAAGCACCCACUCAAGCUCAGACUCACCUGGUCCUGAGACUGCUCAUUGUCCUGUUUAGGAUGAAUGUGAUUUGGAGAAAUUGCAUUUGUCGUCUGAGGCCAGGGAAGGUGCCACGCAGAUGCCAGAGCGUUGCUCCCCCGGUGGCCCCUCUGGGGUCAAGGAUUUUAACUGACCCCGCCAAAGUUUUUGAACACAACAUGUGGGACCACGUGCAGUGGUCUAAAGAAGAAGAAGACGCAGCUAGGAAGAAAGUAGAGGAAAAUUCAGCCACACGAGUGGCCCCAGAAGAGCAAGUUAAGUUUGAAAGUGAUGCUAGCAAAUACUGGGACACAUUUUACCAAACACAUAAGAAUAAGUUUUUCAAGAAUCGUAAUUGGCUCUUGAGGGAAUUUCCUGAAAUUCUUCCUGAUGAUCAAACCACUAAGGAGAAGGAGAGAGAACCAUCCUGGGAUCAAGUCAGAAGCAACCUCUCAAGAAUUCCCGGAAUGGAAAGCCACUGUGGAGAGCAUUCCAUCUCGUCAGAACCCCGGAACAAAGGAAGGUCUGACUCUGCCAAUCCAGACUUGGAAGAACACAGCAAACGGUCUGGGAAGGCAGAGCAAUUUCCCGGCAGCAAUGCCACUUUCCGAGUCCUAGAGGUUGGCUGUGGUGCUGGAAAUAGUGUUUUUCCAAUCCUGAACACCUUGCAGAACAUCCCAGGAGCCUUUCUUUAUUGCUGUGAUUUUGCCCCUGAAGCUGUGGAGCUCGUGAAGUCACAUGAAUCCUACAGUGAGGCCCACUGUUCUGCCUUCAUUCACGAUGUGUGCGAUGGCGGCUUGGCCUACCCUUUUCCAGACGGGAGCCUGGACGUCGUUCUCCUCAUCUUUGUACUCUCUUCCAUUCACCCUGACAGGAUGCAAGCCGUUGUCCGCCGACUGUCCAGGUUGCUGAAGCCUGGGGGAAUGAUAUUAUUUCGGGAUCAUGGAAGAUACGAUAAUGUUCAGCUUCGUUUUAAAAAAGGACGUUGUCUAUCUGAAAAUUUUUAUGUCCGAGGAGAUGGUACCAGAGCCUACUUCUUUACAAAAGGAGAAAUCCAUCACCUGUUCCACGAGGCUGGAUUACACGAAAAGCAAAAUCUGGUUGAUCAUCGCUUGCAAGUUAAUAGGAAAAAACAGGUGAAAAUACACCGAGUGUGGGUUCAAGGAAAAUUCCAGAAGCCAUUGCCCUGGACUCAAAGGAGCUGAAAUCAGCAUUUCCACUCUUUCUCCUGACUGAACUAUGUGUCAUGCUAAGAUAUGAAACCAGGGUGUGAUAUGGGUCAAAGGCUUCUUUUCCAAAGACAAGUAGAAGAGCUUUUGCAGCCCUGCUGGUCUGUUGUCUGUGCUCUUUGGGCAUUUUAAGUACAUGGAAGUGACUGGAAAGAAUGUUCCACCCUCCGUGUUCUCAGAACUUGAAAUAAAUGUUUGUUUGGUCUUGUUUUAUCUAA